UUUAUCAGACAAUUCGCCAUCACCUCAUACUCUCUCUCUCUCUCUCUCUCUCUCUCUCUCUCUCACACACACACACACACACGUCACAAAUUCGGUGCGCCGGAGAGAUGGCAGCUGCCGCCGCGGAGGUGGCCGAGAACGGCAAUGCAGCGACAGAGAAAUCUGCUCUGAUAUUUCUCGGUACCGGUUGUUCGAGUGCGGCUCCUAAUGCGUUAUGCUUGAUCCAGCCUUCUGAUCCUCCCUGUCGCGUCUGCUCCCAAUCUCUAACCCUACCGCCUGAUCAAAACCCUAACUACAGGUGCAAUACAUCUCUCUUAAUUGAUUACUUUGGCAGCGAGGGCAAACAUAAAUAUAUUUUGAUAGAUGUUGGGAAGACUUUCAGGGAGCAAGUACUCCGAUGGUUCACUUGUCAUAAAAUCCCACAAGUAGAUUCAAUCAUAUUAACUCAUGAACACGCUGAUGCUGUUCUUGGUUUGGACGAUAUACGUGCUGUGCAACCUUUUAGUCCAACAAAUGACAUUAACCCGACUCCCAUCUAUCUUACUCAAGAUUCAAUGAAAAGCAUUGCAGUGAAAUUCCCUUACUUGGUUCAAAAAACGCUAAAGCCUGGCCAGGAAGUUAGACGUGUAACACAACUUGAGUGGAAAAAUAUAGAGAGCGAUUUAUCAAAGCCAUUCGUGGCAUCUGGAUUGCAGUUUGUUCCUCUCCCAGUGAUGCAUGGUGAAGACUAUGUGUGCUUAGGUUUUCUCUUUGGCGAAAGAUAUAAAGUAGCUUAUAUAUCAGAUGUUUCACGCUUUCUUCCGUCUACAGAAAACUAUAUUUCAAAAGAUGGCGGUCAACAGUUGGAUCUUCUUAUUUUGGACACGCUGUAUAAGAAAGGAUCCCACAACACUCACUUAUGCUUUCCUCAGACUCUUGAUGCCUUGAAGAGGAUGCACCCGAAGAGAGCUUUGCUUAUUGGAAUGACCCAUGAGUUUGAUCACCAUAAAGACAAUGAAUUUCUCAAGAACUGGUCUGAAAGAGAAGGAAUACCAGUUCAGCUUGCACAUGACGGACUGCGAAUCUCUGUAGACUUGUAAUGUGUAAAGUUGAUGAUGGAAUUGUUUGGGAUACACAUACACAUCGCAAAUGCUACGUGUAUAUAUGUCCUGUUACCGGGUAGUACUUUAUGGGACACACAUCACAUUCUAAUCUGCAGUUGCAUUAACUGAUAAAUUGAUUGAGAUUAUAAUUUCACCCUUUUCUUAUGUGUAUUUUGAAGGAAGAUCGAACGAUCCGCUUGUAUGAAUAUGACUAUGGAGACUUCCUUGGUUUAACUGACUACACUGGACCUUCCAGCAUCAUGCACUGAGUUUGAAACUCGGUAUAUACGAACCUUUCAAUUUGUAAAACUCAAUACAAUUAUUUGUCAAAUUUUCAGCAAAGACAACUUUGAUCAGAUGAUGAGAUCAUUUACACUGAAUGCAUUCUGUUGUUUUAAUAUACAAGUCUCCUUUGUACAAGAGCAUUAUGAAAGUCUCCCAAAUUCAUAUUCAGUCUGCUUCAUGUACAAGAGGCAGCGCUUUGAUUGGUUGGAAUAGUUAUAUUUUGCAAAGAGAUUGAUAGGCAUGUUUG